AUGGAACUACCGCCAGUGCUUGAUUACCUUGCCAAAAACAAAAAGACUCAGGGGAACUCAACUACCGAUCUGCAGCUAAACAAAACCAAGGGGAAACUAGUCGGGAUUGAGAGCCGGCAGAAAAAGACGGGAGACAAGUUGAAGGAAGCUCUGGAGAAGAUGGAAAAGGAGUUGAAGGCGCUAGAGACCAAGAUUUCGAUCAAGAACAACUUGGAGAGGGUGGAGCUAGAGCUGAAGGACACAGUAAAGGCUCUCCACGCACUCCUUCAAGCCAACUCAGUGAAGCCCAGUAAGGAAGUCCCCGGGACGUUCCAGCAAAUUGGAUCGAGAUUCCUGUACAUCGAAAGAAACACGAAGGUGGAUUGGUUUGGAGCGGCAAGCAUGUGCCACCGGAUGAAAGGGACCCUGGCGACAGUCCAGGAUGCCGAGCAACUGGAGAAAAUCAAAGGGGAAACCCCCUCGGGCGACUAUUGGCUGGACAUCACUGACCUGGCGAAAUGGGGCGAGUUCAUUUCCUUGGCCACGGGCAGGCCUCCGCCCUUUUUUAAAUGGAGUAAGGGGAGGCCCGAAGUUAAGAUCCAUCAGCGCUGCGUUCACUUGUUUCACGGAGAAAUGAAGGACGGACGGUGCGGCGACAAUUACUUCUUCAUUUGCCAACUUGCGCAGUGA